GUUGCAUUUGACAGUAACUACACCAGAAUUUAUAAUUGUGAGGUUAAGUUCAGUUAUUCACUUAUCUUUGGAAAAUUCGAUUAUUUUCCGGUUUCCUCAGUUUUUCUUGUUGGGUUUCAAUUAAUAUAGAUUAUGGAAGUUGAAAACUCAAACGAUAGCUACUUUAAAAGCUAUGAAGACUUGCAGAUUCACAAAUUAAUGCUGAGUGAUGAACCUAGAAACUCGGCAUAUCAUGAAGCCAUUUUUAAUAAUAAAACCAGCAUAGAAGGAAAAGUCGUUCUAGAUGUUGGAGCUGGAACUGGUAUCUUGUCUGUGUUUUGCGCCAAAGCAGGCGCCAAAACCGUUUAUGCAGUUGAAGCAAGCGAAACUUAUAAACUAGCAGCAGAUAUUGUGAAAGAGAAUCAAAUGGAAAACAUUAUUCAGGUUAUUCAUAGUCGUAUCGAAGAUCUUACUUCGGCUCAGAUACCAGGAAAAGUAGAUAUUAUAGUUUCCGAAUGGAUGGGAUUUUAUCUAUUACAUGAAGGAAUGCUAGAUUCAGUGAUUAUAGCUAGAGACCGAUUUUUGAAGCCAAACGGUCUAAUAUUCCCCGAAGCUGCUACUAUUUAUGCGACUCCUUGUAGUAUUCCGUCAAUAUACAAAUACUGGGAGAACGUUCAUGGUGUUAGAAUGGAAUCGUUCUCUAGAUUAUUAAGGGAAGAAGCAUAUAAAAAGCCUUUAACGGAAAAGAUUCCCCCUGAAUGCCUUAUUUCAGAGCCAGAGGUAGCCACGUGGAUCGAUCUACGAGAAGUGACUAGUGACGAUCUCAAUGAAAUCAAAUUGAGGCAUGUUGCAGUGUCAAACAAAGUAGGAACUUAUGAGGGAAUAUGCUUAUGGUUUACAUGUACGUUUCCAUUUCCAAGGGGUCCUAGUAAUACAGAACCCGUAAGUUUAUCGACCGAACCGGACGAACCGGAAACGCAUUGGAAGCAAACUUUAAUUGUUCUGCCUAACUCCAUGAAUGUAGAAGUGGGCAGUCCGAUAUGUUAUGAUUUAACGAUUAAGAGAUCAACUGAUAGUAAUCGGAGAUAUAACAUAGAGUUAAUCAUGUUGGAUCCUGAAGAAGUUCAACAUCCUGAAUUUUGCAGGUGCUUUAUGACAAAAUGUAUAUUGGUGAACGCAAUGUUGGAGAAGUAUGAGCGAGGGGAGGGUGAUGGUGCCGAAUAAAUCUGUAUUUCAAUAA